GAAGAAAGAUCUAUUUAGGGGAGUUAACUAGCAGUUGCAGAAAAAACAAGAAAAUGUCAAUUAAUACCCAGAUUUCAGUGGCAAUAUAUAUUUAUAUAUGCAUGUGUGUUAAUUAAAGAUUUGUAAUUACUAAGUGUAUCUCAGUGUGUGUGUGUGUGUGUGUGUGUGAAAGAGAAAUUAAGGGUGCUUCUACUUGUGGAGAGAAUUAAAGAUUGUAGAGUUCUUCUCAAAUUAGUGGAAAGCCGAAGAAAAAAGCUUGUAGAAAUCUUGGAUGCUUAAUUCUGCUUAAUUUUCAUUACUAAAGAGGAAAGAAAAUAUGGCAUCAUCAAGCUCUUACAAUUCACCCUGUGCUGCCUGCAAGUUCUUAAGGAGAAAAUGCAUGCCUGGUUGCAUAUUUGCACCGUAUUUCCCACCAGAGGAGCCUCAGAAAUUUGCCAAUGUGCACAAAAUAUUUGGAGCAAGUAAUGUGACAAAGCUCUUGAAUGAGCUUCUCCCACACCAAAGAGAAGAUGCAGUGAACUCCCUUGCCUAUGAAGCGGAGGCGCGAGUAAGAGACCCAGUUUAUGGAUGUGUUGGUGCUAUCUCAUUUCUCCAGAGACAAGUUCAAAGGCUGCAAAAGGAACUUGAUGCUGCUAAUGCUGAUCUCAUUCGUUUCGCCUGCAAUGACAUUCCAACAACAUUGCCGGGGGCUACUUCAAUUCACCAUCACCAGCCUGUUCACCGCCAAAGGCCUACUGCUGCUGGUACUCAUGAUCAGUUUAAUAGAGGUUUUUAUCAAACACCUGGUGUUCCUCUUCUUUCUUAUAAUUUCCCUUGGAACGAUAACCCAUCAGGCGAUAUGAAUGAAGGAGGAGGAGGAGAAGGCAACAUGUGAAUCUAAGAGAGAAAUCCCAUUGUAGGGUUUCUAGCUGCUGAUGGUAUGGUAUUAUAAGGUUUUCUAGCUAGCUAUAGCCUCACAUGGGACUUCUUUAGCUAGAAAAAUCCUUAAAAUUAAGUUGGUAAUUUAUUAUUAAUUUGGUCGGUUUGGUAAUUAUAAAUAAUAUAUAAUGAUAAUUAUAUAUAUACUGGAAAAAAAAGCUAAUAAAUAAGGGUGUAGAGCUUGAUUAAUUAGUUUUUGUUGUGUGUGUGGCUGCUUAAACUUUUAAUUUGUUGAGUCAUUAGAGCAACUCUAGCUAGGCAUGUGCAUGUGGAGUUGCCAAUUCUGUGUCAUUGUUUAUUUUAUGCUAAGAAUAAAUGGUAUGCCAUUAAUUUAAGUUUUAAAGAGGAUUCUUUUA